GCGGAGGGCGCUGCGCGGGGCGGAGGGCGCUGCGCGGGGCGGAGCUUAUGGCCCUGGCGCGGCUCUGGGUAUAUAUCUUCGUAUUCGGGUUGUUGCUCUGUAGUUUCCCGGCUCGCGAAAGGGAGGACCCUGUUUGAGUCAUGGAUUUUGAGAAUCUUUUCUCAAAACCCCCCAACCCGGCCCUCGGCAAAACGGCCACGGAUUCUGACGAAAGAAUCAUUGAUGAAAUAGAUGUUGCCGGAGUUGAAGAAACACAAGAAGCGAAAUCUAAACAGGAGUGCGAGCAAAUUUCCAAAAAAUUCAGACACUUUGGAAACUCUACAAUAUCACCAAAAAGUUCGCUGCAUAGAAAAUCAAGAAGUAAGGACUAUGAUGUAUAUAGUGAUAAGGAUAUCUGCAAUCAGGAACCAGAAGAUAAUUUUGCCAAAGAGCUACAGCAAUACAUACAAGCCAGAGAAAUGGCAAAUGCUGCUCAACCUGAAGAAUCUAUGAAGAAAGCAGGAGUAAAAGAUAUCCCACAGGCUGCUAAACAAAAAAAUAAAAAUCUUAAAGCUGGUCACAAAAAUGGCAAACAGAAGAAAAUGAAGCGAAAAUGGCCUGGCACUGGAAACAAAGGAUCAAAUUCACAGGAAGAGGAUGGUAAACCUAAAGAGAAGCAGCAGCAUUUGAGUCAGGCAUUCAUCAAUCAACAUACAGUGGAACGCAAGGGAAAACAAAUUUGUAAAUAUUUUCUUGAAAGAAAAUGUAUUAAGGGAGACCAGUGUAAAUUUGAUCAUGAUGCAGAGAUAGAGAAGAAAAAGGAAAUGUGUAAGUUUUAUGUACAAGGAUAUUGUACCAGAGGUGAAAACUGUCUGUAUUUGCAUAAUGAAUAUCCUUGUAAGUUUUACCAUACAGGAACAAAAUGUUAUCAGGGAGAGUAUUGCAAGUUUUCUCAUGCUCCAUUGACUCCUGAAACACAAGAAUUGUUGGCUAAAGUUUUGGAUACUGAAAAGACGUCAUGUAAAUAAAAUAGAUAUAAAAAGGUAGCAUUGUACAGAUGACGAAUAUUUACGCCCAUGCCUGUUCAAGACUGUUCAAGAUUGGUGAUUUGGAAUAGUUUACAACAUUCCUCAGUCAGAGUGCCCUCUUGUGUGAUUGGGAUGAUGUGCAGCUUCUAUAAUGGAUGGGACAGAGAGCUGGGAUCUAAUGUACAAGUGAAGGGCUUGGUCUUCAUUGAGACAUUCCAGCCAUUGGAAUAGGAGAGGAGCAUAUAUGGCAGAGAUGCUGGCUGGUGGUAAAUGUCAUAGUAAAUUGUAGAAACUUCUGAUUGAUUGGAUUUCCUUAGUAAAAUAGGAAGCAAGGUUAGGCUGAGUGAGGGUGGGUGAAGAGGUAGAGGAGUUUGAGGAGAGAUUGGUAGAUAGACCGUAAAAACAGUUAGUUCUCUUUAUGUCAUUAAAUACUUUCACAACAUAGUUUCAACGAUUGUUCACAAUUUCAUUUUAUGGCUUAAAUUACGGUUCUGUGAUUUUUUUAAAAAUCAGUUUCCUGUUGUUAGACAUUUAUUUCUAGUUUCUUACCAUUAUAAAUAAAGUGAAACAAUCUCUCUUACUAUA